AUGCGACUGAAUUGCUUCUGUGCCGCGCCGGCCAAUUUCCCACAGCUCGACCAAGACGAGGCGCCUCGACUGCCAAGGAAAAAGACAGGCCUCAAGAGGCAGGGGACCGGCGAAUCAGCGAGCAGCCGCUGUAGCACUGCCUCUAAUUCCAGCAUAUCCAAGCUGCCACCAUGCAAACGACAGUCGGAUCCCAAGAUUGAAGCCAUGAUGAUGCCGGAGCCGGCGGGAGAGAGGCCAAGCCGAUGUUUGCGGAUGAGCCACCCCAAGACCUACAGCAACAUCGUCGACUCGAUGAAGAAGCAGAAAGGCUGCCGCGACUGGCGCAACUUCCAGGUCUUUUACAACGACGAAAUCGACAUGACCAUCUCUGCCGUCGACGUUGCCAAGAAGAGAGCCGAUGACUACGAACGCCGGCUUCGAGAUCUGAGCAGCUUUGGCGCUUCCCGCCAGGACGACCUCUCCAAAAUCUCCCCAACCCUUGAGAUGGUCACGAAUUUGACAUCAUCGUCAUCUUCCAGUCGAAGCAGCACGUUCGACAACUCGUCGGACAUCGGUCGAUCAACGUCACCAGCCUCGCCCGCCAGUCAUCAAUCCUCCGACAGGGCCUCACCGUCAUCACCCAAUAAUCUUUCGACAUGUGACUCGACGUCCACCGGAGGUCAUCCACAUGCCGACCGUGACAACUCAAGUCAACUUCUGAUGAAGCGGUUCAUCUUCGGCGACUAUAACAUCGACUGGAGAUCCAUCCCUACCGUCGACGACGACAACCUCUUCAACCAUGCGACAUUACUGUAUCGCCGCGACCUUCGAUGCAAAGCAUCGCGCGAGUACUACAUGGAGAUUCUCAACGGCUUCCGGAUCAAAACCAUAGAUCCUCCAGCCUCACUAUCCGACACCAACACGAUCAUCAUCGACGGCGAAGAAGUCGUCGACAUGAUCGGUUGA